CUUAAGCAAAAAAAUAUUUGCACACUGCAUUUUACUGAUAUGUGAGGUAAAAUGCAGAGUGCAUACAAAACAGAGCCCUCUAGAGGGAGCUGUAAAUCACUGGCAUGUGUAUUCAGCAUGAAAAAAAAUAGAAGGAAAUCAAUUCAGACCGCCCAACACAAGAUAUAUUCUCUGCUGUUCACACACACACACAUACACACAGAGUCACACACACUCACACACGCAGGACAGCAUUCAGCGGGCAGCAGCGUCCCGCCUCCUCCAGCACACACUCUACUACAGGGAGGCAAGAUGAAGGCAGGAAGCACAAUAAAAAGAAACUGAAUGACAGACAAAUAUAAACAUUCCUGUUGUUUGCCCAUUGCAAGCUAUGACUGAUACUACCCAGAGAUUAUUGCUGCCUGUGUUGGAUUAGUUGAGGGGGAUUUUAUGUCGUUGCCCUGGCUGAGAAGCAUAUGUGUGGUGUAUGCUAGAGACUGAAUUAAUGGGAGUGCAUACAUUGCUGCAAGAGCUUGGAUUAGAGGAGAAAAAUUACAUUUGGGGCUUUUCUGCGGCUCCAGGGUUGCCUGGGUGGCCUGUGAAGCAUUUGCAUUGCAGGGAUGCUUAUGUGACAUUCGGGCACGUUCACUGAUGCAUUCAGUUGUCCCUGAGGAUUUAAGUCGAUAUAGCCUCAGGAUUUCUGGAAGUUAUUUCAUGGAUUCAAAUGAACAGGGAAGUCCAACACCAGAACCUUAUUUGGGGAAGCGACGUGAAGAAGGGAAUGUCCCUUAAAAACUGACGAUGAAAACAGCUUCAGGGGGGAAAUUACAGUAAAUGUACAGAACUCCACUGGAAGGAAGAGGAGGGGGAUACAGAUACUGAAGAAUGAAAGAACAUCAGAAGGACCAAACACUCACAACUAAAGUGUAAGGGUUGCAGUCAUUUGUUUUGAGAUCUGGGAGGGGUUAGUUCUUUCUAUAAAAAUUUUGUAUUAAGAUUUUAUUUUUUUACCACUGAAUUCAAACCAGCCAUUCUUUGAAACUAUGGCUCAUCCUAGGAGAGAAGGGUACGAUCAUCGUGACAUAGUGGUAAAAUACAUUCAUUAUAAGCUGUCACAGAGGGGCUAUGAAUGGGAAGAAGGGAGACAAAUUUCUUCUGCGUUGUCACAUUCGUCUGCUGCUAAUAAUAAUCUAACUAAUGAUGCAGAGGUUUUUUCCAUACCUGGUGGUCAAACUGGACAACCUCUUGCUUUAGAUGUGCCUGCUGCUUCCUCUUCAAAUAACGAAUCUCCAAGUAAUGCUCCAGUUCCUCUUGUAGAAAGUGCACCUGCUGCUCCCAGAAGCUCUGCCUCUGCUGCUGUUUCCCCAGUCCCUUUACCCCAGGCAGAUUUGGAUGUUGCCCAGAGAGAACGGAAUGUUGACCAAGAUGAGGAGGGUCAACCACCAGAUGAUGAUGAUAAUGGUCAAGAUGCCCCUUUACAACCUGUACCUCCUGCAUUAUUUCAGACACUGAGCCGUGCAGGAGAUGAAUUUUCCAAUAUGUACCAACAAGACUUCAGACAUAUUUCAGGGCUCCUCCAUUUAACUCCAUCCACAGUUCGUCUUCGUUUUGCUGCAGUGGUGGAGGAGCUUUUUCAUGAUGGAGUAAACUGGGGUCGAAUUGUAGCUUUCUUUGAAUUUGGAGGAGUAAUGUGUGUGGAGAGUGUGAACCGAGAGAUGUCUCCUUUGGUGGACUCCAUUGCAGGAUGGAUGACUGAGUACCUUAAUAGACAUCUGCAAAACUGGAUCCAAGAACAGGGAGGAUGGGAGGCUUUUGUCGAGCUCUAUGGUAGCAGUGUCCAGCCACCAUUUGACCCCACGUGGUUCUCCAUCAAGACCAUCCUAAGUAUUGCCGUCGUUGGAGCAUGCAUCACUUUAGGAGCCUAUUUGGGACACAAGUGAUUCUUUUUGUGUUAUAUGACAUAGUCACUCAAUUAAAACAUAAAAGGACAGCGUGGUGUGUAUGACCAAUGGACCAACUGUCAAAUCAGCUAUUACUGCCAAAGGAGGUUUUGUUUCUUUCCUCUAGAAAUGUUUUCUUUUUAUGGAAGAUUUAUUUAUUAAAGUUAUUUGCAUUUCAAGUUAAGCCUCACCAUCCAAACAAUUUACAUGUAGCGUUAAAUAUGUCAUUGCUUUAGUCCUUUAGCUCUUUUAUUUCCCCCAAUUUGCUCAUCACCGCCAUCUACAGUAUGUUUGGUUGCCGCAUUAUUUUGGGAAUAACAUAAAAAUGCCAUAUAUUUUUAAAUUGUCAUUUUAUUUAACUAAUGUCAGUGUAUUAUUACUAUAUGAAAGGAUCUAAAUUAAGGCUACUUUGAACUCUAAAAUUGUUUACAAUUGAUUUUUAAUUCACAUAACAAGGUAAAAAUGGCAUCAGACAUAUCUUAAAGGAAUAUUGCUUUCUACAGCAUGGAUUAUGGCAGCCAUGAAUAGAACCAGGAUUACUUAAAAAAAUCAUUUUAAAACAUUUGUUUUCUUAAUUAGUUCUGCAACCUUUUUUUUUCCUGCCACUACUGUCAUCUUUUUGCGGCAUUAUGCUGCCUGUGUGAUUAGAAUUUCCAAUUGCUUUUAGUAAUUUCAAUAUGGUGGGAACAUGAGUAGGAAUCUCCCAUCUAAAUCACUAGGAUCAUUAUUGGGCAAGUUGGCAAACGUCCCAACAUUAGUGACCCUACAUUGGGACAAAGGGGUGAAGCUGUGGCAUGCAAGGGACAUGUCUGUGUAUUAGUGAACGUUAUUACACCACCGGAGAGUGUCCUUAGCACUUCUGAGGUGUUGGCAGUCGCCCUAACUACAGAAACCCCACUUUAUUGUUGCACAUACUGUAGUGGAGACACCUGUCUUCACUGCAUGCGUCAGGGGAAUACCUUCCAAUCACCCCCACAUAUCAGGAUGAACGUUCCAAUGGUGGAACAGUCCUAACAUCAGGACUGUGUAGCUGAAAUCAGCAUGUUUGGGAGGUAUAAAGUUGAUAAUUACAGUUAGAAGAUAGCCACUUUUGUGUACUUGCCUACUAUCCCAGAAGGCUUUGCGCAUCAUUAUGGCACCGUGGCAGACUCCCGGAGGGGUGGUCUCAGAACUCACCAAGUAUGCACUAUUGCACUGUGUGUGCCUUCCAAACUAACAGGCCCCAGCAUCUACUGGCUGAGCUGCAGAAUUGCUGUGAAAGUAGCUAGGUUAUGUCCUUUUUUAGCCAAGCAAAACUGAUCUGGCAGCAAAACAAAGCUAUGGCUGCAUUGCUCACUGAAAAUUAUAUUUUAAGAGUCAGUACAUUUUGCUUUGUAACUGCUUGGUUACAUGAGCAGUAUCCACAGUUACAUAAAGUUUUGGGUUGCUGAUUAACUGAAUGUUGUAAUUGAAAUGCAAUAUAUACUAAUACAGACCUAUAAUAAGUGUAGUUUCUAUUCUAAAAAAGGAGCUCUGACAUUAAGUGGUUAGCUACACGUAGAGUAGUGCACUUUAUUUGUUAUAGGGGCACGAUCAUACAAAUGUGCAUGAUUUAUAUUUGUAUAUAGUUUAAAUAAGUACAAAUUGCUCUUAGUUGUUUUAUGUUAGAAAAUAUUUUGCAAAAGUCAAAAUUUGUACUGCAAAAACUAUCCCCACACUUUCACUCCAGAUGUUCUCAAUGUGGCUUGUCACUUUUUACUGAGCUGCAAACAGUAGGUACUAAGUUAUCGCUAAUUAAGUUGCAGUGUUGUUUAUAGCUCAGGUAGGCGUAGGCUGGAUGAGGGAAUGGGUGUAAAAGAUGAGAACUAGCUUCUAAGCAUGUUUUUUUGCAGAUAAUGGAAACUGCAAUGUUUUCAAAUCAAAGAAACAAAGAAAUGUAAUUUCUUUAAUGUUAAGUACCAUAUAUUUACAUGAUCGUGUCCCUUUAAUGAUGUUUCCAGUAGUGAAAUUUGUGUGUUUCCUAUAUACUAUGGUACACUGCAGUACAUUAAUGGGCUUAUACAAGGCAUUAUGUCUGUAGAUCCUGAAGUAUGUAAGCCUUGAACAUUAUAGAUAUCUUAAAAUAAAUUAUAUAUUUGCUCCACAGUUCCCAUACAGUAUACGGAUUCUGAAAGCAGACUGUAUGUAAUUUCCAAGGAUUGGGACAGAGACAUUCUGCACUAGAACGGAAAUUUGUUAAAUCUUAAUUGUUAAUAAAAAAAAAACCCCAAUGUCUUCUGUUCUCAUAUUUGUAGCAUGUAGAAAAACAAUUGUGCAAUGGGACAGACUGGAUGAGCUCAAGGGAUAUAUUCAUGUGGAUAAUGGUUGUCCUCUUUGUACUGCAAUGGUUACAAAUUGGACAAUAACUACUGAUUCCACUAAUAUGGAGCCCCUGUUAGAGUCUUAUCCUAAUAGAAGCCCUUACUUAUUUUACUCUGAAGCAUACUAUUUUUAUUUCCAAAACUAGUGUACAUAUAUAUUUUUUUAAGAAAAAGAAACAUAUUUUUGUUAAGUCUUUAGUUAUGCUCUUCUUAGUCUUAGGGUCUAAAUAGCUUUCAUUUAUGAAAGACUAAGGUCUUACUAAAGAUGACUUUAGCCCUCGGUAACUAUAUUUCAGCCUAACUCCAUCUUUAACACACAUGGAAUGUAGUCACGUAUGGUAGAAAAUUAACCAAAAAUGUAAAAAAGCAAUAAGGUCUUGGAAGAGGAACUAAAUCAUUAAGUCCAUGUACUUGGGUGAAUUAAUCUUCUACAUUAAAAUUAUUGCUAGGCAUAAUACUAGGAAAUCAGUAGUUUAUGGAGUAUACUGAUUAUAUAUUUUCUGUUCUUAGCUAUAGAAAAUUUUAAGAACAACAUGUUAACGACCAACCUUUUAUUCUGUAACCUGUUAUAAGAUCCAUUUGGUUGAAGAAAUAAUGAAACAACACCGAUGAGUUGGUGCACGACUGAUCACCACUUAAAAUGUUCUUGUAUCUUUUUUUUACUAAUGGUAACCACAGGUAAAUCAGGGGCUGUGGAUUCAAUAUAUGUGCAUGCUAUCUAUGUACAAUAUACUGUAGUAGCCAAAGGUUGCAUUGUUUCUGAGGUCCUGGUAACAGAUAACCAGUGGCAUGCAGUAGUGAAGACAGCACUAUAUCUAUACGUACCACACAGCCCCUACCAUGCAUGUACUAAUGUUGUCAUGGUGUUGGCAUUGUAAGCAUAACAAACUAGAAAUGUAAUGGACCUUGUUUUAGCUGUGUAGAAGAAAUGCUGCUUCCAGUUCCUACCAGUGUGCAUCUCAAUGUUUAUGUUGCUUUUGAUUGUCCCAAGAAUUCAUUAUGUGUAUUACAUUUGUGUUUUAUUGUAACUUUUGUUUAAUUAUUUUCAAUAUUGUGAAAAGAGUGUUGAGUUUAGAAGAUAUGGAAACACUGUUCUAAACUCAGAUCAAUGUGUUCUAGUUUUAUUUGUUUGCUAUGGUAAAUGUAGAAAGCUUGGUAUGGUUGGUAAUCAUUUUGAUUGCAUUUUUCUAUAGAUCUCACAUACUGUGUUCAGAUGUAAGUAUGUACCUGAAAUGUAACCACAACACAGAUAAGUGGCACCACAGCUCUGCCAUAGCAACACUAUGGGCCUGGUUUAGCUUUGUAUAUAAAGAUGCCUGGAUGUAUUGUAUAUGGCAAAGAUGCAUCUGCACACUUGCAUUUCCAUAUCCAUAGUUUGAGUUGCAUGCAUCAUAAAAUGUGUGCACCCUUAAAUUUAGCAUAUAGGUGUGUCCAUCCCAUUGUUGGGACAUUCAUCAUCAUCAUCUUUUCCAGAACUAGCAGCAGCUUGUUUGUGUAGUCCUUGGAAUAUUUUAUGUCUUGUAACUAAUAUAUAUCAAGAUCUAUGUGACUCAAAAUAGACGCAUCCCAACGUUCUUCUUGUACUGCAUCUGCAAGUUGUCUCUCCAGAGCCACCUGGCCAAGCACAAGAAGCCAAGGGCGCAAUAUAUGCUUAUUUAUGGCGUGCAAAUGCAUUUAUGCUAACACUGAAUCAGGCCUAAAAAAUGUACCACCAUCUGCAUUACUUGUCAUAGGUUGGAGGUCAAGCUGUUGGGUUAAAUAUAGCUAUACUCCAUGCAAAGCGAAACUGCAUAACUUAUAUUUAGCUCCCCAGAAAAUAUCAUGAUUAAAUUUGUAUAGAUGGUUCAGGCGGAAUGAUAAACCUGUGUGUAAGCAGGGUCUGCCUUUGAUUAUUGGAGUCAUGUUGUGGUAACAUAAAGGUCAUAGUUAUCCUACUAGUUUCUAUAUAUGUAGCUCAUUCACAUUAUGUUGCAGAUGAUAUUAAUAUGUAAUAAAUACUCUGGGAAGAGGAUUAUUAGUCUCUCUAUGUUUCAGUACUUUUACUGACGUUGCAGUGCAUACUUGCCAUUAGCAGAUGUUUAACAGUCUCUCACUUGCCCUGCUCUCUCUGUCCAAGGCUGUAGCCCAUGUUUACGACAUUUGUGAGGGACUGGGAUCUUGGUGGCUUGCUCAUAUCAGUGUAUGAUAACUUGCAAGAGUUAUUUAUCCUUCAAUGAUUUCCAUAUCAGAGUAUUCUUUAUUUUGUUACAUUUUAUACAGCUAAAGAUUUGUAAAUUAUGCUGCUAAACUGCCAAUAUAAUUUGAAUUUAUAUUGAUAUAUAUUUUCUAUGUACAGCUGGGAAAAGCUGCAUACAAUUAUGAAUAUAUGAAGUGCAUGACUUUGUUGUGCAAAUGCAAGGCAGCCAUCUUGUUCAGGAAACACCCUGGGUAUUAUCUCAUUAAUAUUAUCUCCAGGGAAUGAAAAAUACAUGUAAAGUUUUCUUUCCAUCUUAUUCUCCACUGCAAAUGAUACGCCUAAUGGAAGUAACAGCUGAAUGCAAAGCUUAGUAAAAUUCUUCAGUAGAUCACAUGUUCAUGGUAACAUUUCAUUUAUUUAUAUUUUUCAGAAAAUUUUUGUAUGCUUUUAAUAUAAUAAGGAAUUAUAUAUUUCUAGUCUAACUUUAAUGAUUUCAAAAUGAAAAGAAGAAAUAAAAUAGGACAUUAAACAUGAAUAAAACACCAAUAGCAAGAUUGUUUAUUGUCCACUGAGAAAGUCAUUGUUUUGCCAAAGAACAUUGGGGGAGAUGAAAGAAGAGGUGGUAAGAGACAAAUGCACUAUAACCAGCGCUAUUUGAAACAACCAAUUUCAGCAUGUAUGAAAGCAGAUAAUAUAGAAAAAAGUCACUUUUUCUCUACGGCAGUGGAUCUCAAACUGUGUGCCUAGGCACCCUGGGGUGCCUUGGGACACAUGCAAGGGUGCCCUCGGUUGGGGGUCUAGGACGAAUUCAAAAUAGUUAUGGUCAAUGUAAUAGGCAAAACCAGUGCUAGUGGCUGCCAAUCAUAAACUACGUGGACAAAUCUUGUCCCUCAACACACAAUUGAACCUAAGGGUGACAUAUAAACACAAUGUAAAAUCUCUCAAUAAAAAACUUUUGGCCUCGGGGUGCCGUGAAAAGAAUUCUUAUACACUAGGGCAGGCAUGUCCAAACUUCGGCCCUCCAGCGGUUGCUUUAGCAUUCUCUGACAGUAAAACUGUGUCAGGGCAUGCUGGGAUAUGUAGUUUCACAACAGCUGGAGGGCCGCAGUUUGGACAUGCCUGCGCUAGGGUUCCUUAACUCAAAAAGGUUUAGGAUCCACUGCUCUAUGGAGUCUGCAAACAUCUAACGGUUCGCUGUCGCCAAUACAUUCAGAUGUAUUAAAAAACAAUAAGUGCCCUUUUUUUCUUAUAAUUUUUUCACAUAUUGGUAGGGAUUACCUGCCAGUGUUUGUACUAACCUGUGGCGUCUGCUUGUGGGCCGCCUGCACAUGGAAGAACUCGCAACAUUUGCUAGAUAUUGUGCAUUCGCAUUGGGGUCGGACGGGAGGCAAGACACAGCUGGUGUGAUGUGUCUUUUGCAGGGUUCAUCUGAGGGGUUAGUUUUCUCUCUCCCACUAUAGCAGCCAAGAUAUUAAUACAUCUUGGCGGUACAGCUUCUUCCUUCACCUCUCUAAGAGGCAAAGCAGUAAGAGCUAUAGUUGUACAAUAAGUUCCGCUAUAGUACAUCUGCCCCACUGUCACUAGGAAAAGGUCUAUUAGUGGGACAAGUGGAGGUGUUGGCCACAGCAUCCAAUCAAGUUCUAGCUAUCAUUUUAUAGAAUGUACUUAAUAAAUGUUAGCUAUAAGGUUUUACAAAUCUCCCCCUAAGUGUUAAAUAUGAGCGCUGUUAACUCCUUGCCACUUCUAUACCUGUCUGGUGUUAGGUCCCAUGCCAGAUAAUUACAUAGAUAAAUCAGGUUCAUUAUCUUCCUGGUAGGAGAAAUACAGUAUAUUGCUAUCUGACUGGAAAAUAUUUAAUUCCUGAUGAAUAAUUAACAGACAGUAUUAAAGCAAAUUUCUAGUAGGAUUAUAUUAUGUUGUUGUACACACUGUUGUUGCAAUUGCAUGUUUAUGUGAUGGAAAUCCAGAAAUCAGUACAGUAUAAAUCUUUUACCUCCUUUUAGUGUGAUCUUGACCACAAUAAAAUGCACGUGAAAACAAAGCCUUUUAAGAAAUAAAGUGAAAUGCAAAUAUAAUACCUUGUGGAAACACCUUUCGCUAUUAUUAUAACAGGGUGUAUUUUUGAGUCUGUGGACGUUGCACACCUUUGCAUCCCGCUGUUCUCUAAAAAAAAGUUCGAAGUUACGAGGGGAUCUCUUGAGCACAGUACAACACUAUUUGGGUCACUCCAGAGGAAGUCAGUGAAUAAGUUCUUCCUUCCUUUUCAUGUUUUUUUUUUU